UUAUCUGGAGUCUGAAAUUAAGAUCGCGAUGCUCAGCUAGCUGCUCUUGGGGACUGUGCGUGUGACAGCCGUGCACGCAGCAGGCUCAGCAUCAUGGCGUCCUCUGUCCCAGUCUUAUGUGCUUCAUUCAAACUGUCUAGUACGUUUAUGCAGCCGUGCUGCAAGGCAAAAAUGCGACUUUGCGGGAGGAAUGCCUGUCACAGACAAAUUCACCUUUCUAAACGCGGUUGUGCAGCCGCAAUAAUAUCAGGGACCGAACUGGCAAAGCAAAUACACAAAGAGAUUCAAAGGGAUGUGUCAGAACUUCUUUGUCAAAGUAAUACAAGACCUCAUCUAAGUGUCAUUUUAGUGGGCGAUGAUCCUGCUAGCCAUUCAUAUGUUAAAAACAAAACUAAAACUGCAGCUGCAUUAGGUAUUAGUAGUGAGACAUUAAUAAAACCUACAAAUGUCACACAAGAGGAGCUGUUAGAACUGAUUGAUAAAAUGAAUCGUGACUGGAAAGUGAGUGGUCUGCUUGUUCAGCUACCUUUGCCAGAACAUAUAAGUGAGCGUGCAGUAUGCAAUGCUGUUGCACCUGAAAAGGAUGUUGAUGGUUUUCACAUAGUUAAUGUUGGAAAACUUUGUCUUGAUCAAAAGUCAAUGAUCCCUGCUACACCAGCAGCUGUUUGGGAAAUUAUUAAAAGAACAGGUAUUGAUACUUUUGGAAAAAAUGUGGUAGUGGCUGGCCGAUCAAAGAAUGUGGGCCUACCAAUUUCAAUGCUGCUGCACACAGAUGGAAGACAUGAAAGGCCAGGUGGUGAUGCGACAGUGACUAUUGCACACAGAUUCACUCCUAUAGAACAGCUGAAACGUCACACAUGCCUUGCUGACAUAAUAAUUGCAGCAGCUGGAGUUCCAAGGCUGAUUACUGGAGAUAUGGUGAAAGAAGGGGCAACCGUCAUUGAUGUUGGCAUUAAUCGUAUCGAAGACCCUAAAACGGGAAAAACCAAAUUAGUUGGAGAUGUAGAUUUUGAAGAAGUGAGGAAGAAAGCCAGUUUCAUCACACCAGUACCAGGAGGUGUGGGGCCAAUGACGGUUGCCAUGCUUAUGAAAAACACCGUAUAUGCUGCUAGAAAUCUACUAACACAUUAAAUUGCCAUUAAGAUGAUUUUAUUUUAUUGUAUUGCAAAAUGUAUUUUUAUUACUAUUUAUAUAUUUAUGUAGUUCAUACCAAUUAUAUUUUAAAAAAUCUAUAUUUUUUCUACUCUAAAAGUCUUCUUUGGCAUUUUGAAGUAUAGGACAUUAUUUCAUACAUUAAAAAAAUCUAAAACAUUGAAAUGAAACUUUAUUUACAGGAUUAGCAGUUUUGUUAUUUGUGUUUUCAUUUUCCUAAUGCAGUUUAAUAGAUAUUUAUUUAUUUAAUAUUUAUUUAUUCAGGAUGUAAAUCAUUACAAAUUGUACUUUUUGAAUGGUUAAACAUAUCAAAAUGGGAGGAUUAUACCUCAUAUAAGCUAUGCAUAAUUUUAAUCUCUUAGAACAGAUAGUAUGAAGCCAAAAUAUACCAAGUACCAGCUAUAAUUUAAAAAAUAACAUGUUUCAGAUUUUGAUAAUAUACAGUAUAUGGUGCUUCACAUUUUCAUAGAAAUAUAUUUACAGGAGUUAGAGGGACUUACAAAAGGGCUGGGUCAGUGUGCUUUUUUUCAUUUCAUUUCUGAAAUAAAAGUAGGUUAGAAAAUCAUUGUUCUGGCUGUUAUGUCUUCAUCUUGUGCCAGUCUUAUGAUGAUUUACUAAAAUGUUGUAUUUCUGUCCUUUUUAUAUUAUUAAUGUGCAUACACCCUUUGCUUUUUUUCUUUUUGCAGAUUUGUUUGCAGAUUAGUUUUUGUAAAACUGCUUUUUUCAAACUGUAAAGUAUUGUGUUAUUCAUUAAAAGUUUAAACAAUGUAAUGUAUCUGGCAAUUAAAAAGGAGGACUUUUUGUUCACAU